AUGCCAUGCAGUGGCAAGACCUACGCAAAAGAGAUUGGUGCAGACCCAAACCUCGCCAGUGACUACGAAGGCCAGAUGAUGCUCAGCAUCUACUACAAUCCGAAUGCUACUGCCCCGCCAGUCGAGGCACAGCCAGUCAUUACUGAGAUCAAGCGUCUUCUAGGCCAAUGUGGUGAUGUCAAAGCUUUCCAUACUUGCACCUCUCUCCAGACGCACGUCCGAGAGAUCCGUGUCGAGUUCUACAAUGCCGAUCACGUUGACGUCGCCAAGGAUGUCAUUCGUGGCACUGUGAUCCAGGGUUGCGUCGUUGAUGCUAGGCCAUACCAGCCAGACGUGCGUGUCCCCAUUUACGACGAAGAAGAGAUGGAGGCUUUUCAGCAGCUUUCCAUCACUGGUCGCUCAAGAGUUCCAGUCGGUGAUGAUGAGUAUGAUCGCAUUGCCCAUGCCAUCCAUCGUGAUGGUCUGCAUCGUGGUCGUCGCGUCGCUCAGAACAUGAACCACAAUGCCGUCGACGUUGCUCGCAUCCAAGCUGGACUUGAUGUUCGCACCACUAUCAUGCUUCGCAACAUCCCUAACCGUGUCGAUCAGCCGAUGCUCAAGACCCUGCUCGAUGUUACCAGCUGUGGUCGUUACGACUUCAUGUACCUGCGAAUCGACUUCGCCAACAACUGCAAUGUUGGUUACGCCUUCAUCAACUUCAUCGACGCUCAAUCCAUCAUUCCCUUUGUCCUUGCACGUGCUGGUAAGCGCUGGAACUGUUUCAGUUCAGACAAGGUUGCCGAAGUCUCCUAUGCCACGAUUCAGGGCAAAGACUGCCUCGUUCAGAAGUUCCGCAACUCGUCCGUCAUGCUUGAGCACCCUGCUUUCCGCCCCAAGCUCUUCCUUGCUGGCAACUUCCCCAAUGCAGGUCAAGAAGAGGAAUUUCCCGGUCCAGACAAUCAAUCCAAGAUGCGUCGUUCGGUUGAAAACGCGGAACACGUCGGUCUGUUUGUCCCAUUCCAUGCAGACCGCCAGCAAUGGUACCCUCAACCCUUCGCUCCUGCCCCUGCUUUUCACCAACGCAAUCCCAUUGUGCGACCUGCUGGCAGAUUCAAUCAUGAAGAGAAUCGCCGCCGUGGUGUCUAUCUCCCACCUGCCCGGGUUGUCAGACCAGACCCCAUGGAGCCCGAGGACUUCCCCCAAGACCCCUCUCCAAGCCACCGCCGAAUCCCCUUCUUGGUUGACAUCAGAAGCCCCUACGACCCAUUUGCCGGCCGUCCUUCUGCCUCUACGUGA